AUGAUGAAAAGUGUUUUACAAACUCAUUCUUUGAGAUAAAUUGUAGGUUAACUUCUAGAUAAUUGCUAUGAAGUUUUAAAAGCCUUUUUGGAAUAAGCCAUUCAACAUGAUGAAGUUUCUUAAGAUAACAUCAUUUAAAUUAAUAAAGAUUUGAUGGGUGCAAUAUCCUUCUAUAUUAGCAAUUAUGAAUUCAUUUAGGGUAUUUAUCAAUUCUAUGGUGAUAUAAAGAGUAAACUCAUAGCAAUUCUAAAUUUUUGAGAAAUUUACUAUUCGAAGUGAAACAUUAUAGGAAUAAUUGGGCUCAUUCUAAAGAUUUUACUAUUCGAGAAGUUCAUAGGUUUAUAAAACAAAAGAUUAUUUAGAAUAGCUGA